GCAAAUGAAUUGACGUUGAUAAAAGCAGCUGGACCUGCUGGACGGUCAGAAUCAGAGUGAAAGUUUGUUACUUGCGUGUUUUGACAUUAAAUCGUCAAAUAAUCUGCUUGAUCGUGAAAAUUCUCGCAUUUGUUUUACCAUGGCGUCUUGAACUAAAAACUGCAUAACAAAUUGUUCUUGAUCCUUUAAUUUCUGACCCAAGUCACCCAAGAGCCGUAGCGCAGGGAUGGACGACCCUCUUCCCAAUGUUUCUGACCUGGAGGAUCAGUUGGCUGCUCAGCAGAGCAUGAUUGAGCAAAUGCGGGACACUUUGUUACAAAGGGAACAAACCGUGUCCUCAAACGAGAAGAAGGUCCAGGACUAUGCCGCUACACUGUCCCGGAUCCGGUCUUCUCACCGACCAAACAAGAAAAAAGACGAAUCGAAAAGUGCAAUGGCCCUUGAUGUAACUCCGCAAAAGGGUCCAAGCAGCAAGAUGAAUUUGUUGAGGAAACAGAUGGAGGAAAAUAGAGCUAUUUUGGAGCAAAGAGGCAAGUUUAUCAACGAGCACAAGCAAAGUGUAGAGGGAAUGGUGGAGUUACUGAGCGCCCAGUUGACUGAAAAAGAUUUGGCCCUGGAGGAAGUGCGACGGAGCAGAGAGGCUCAGGAGAGCCUUCCGCCAAUCAUACCGUCUUCUGAAGAAUGCCGUGAGCUUUAUGCUCAAGUGAUUGCCAGGGAUAACAAAAUCUUUGAGUUGAACAACAAGAUAUUUGAGCUGGAAAAAAAUAUCAUGGAUUACGAGGAAAGUAUCAGAGAAAAAGAAUCAGUUCUCGAAGCUAGAACUAGAGCUGUAGCUCUGAUAAAAGAAGACUUGGGCCACAAACACUCGACUGCCCUUCGUCAAUUGGAAGAAGCAAGGAAAGAGGUUGUAGAAUUGAAAAGUACACUGUCUCAACGUGAAGAGCAAUUGAAAGAGGAGAAAAAAAUUCUGGUUGAUACAGUCGCUUCAAAAGAGCAAAAGUUGGCACAACUUGAAGCCAUUCGGUUUGAUUUGUGCACUCGAAAUGCUGAGCUGCAGCAUAAAAUUGUUGCUCUGCAAACUAAAAGCCACGAAGUUUUGUCUCAAGGAUUGCCGCAGGAUAAAGACCGAAUCCAAGAAUUAGAGUUGAAGAUUGAAGAAGUAGAAACAGCCGCAUCAUCAGAAAUUGAAAUGCUGAAGAAAAAACUGGAAGAAAACAACAAACUUUUAACAAAAACAAAAGUAGCUUAUUCCAAGAAACUUAAAAAUCUGGAGCAAAAAUUGCAAGAAACACACAAUGUUCAAGAUUUGGAGCAAAAAAUAGCAGUGCUAGAAGAGGAAAAGGGUAACUUGCAGCUUUUGCUUGUUGAUUUUGAAGAAAUUAAAGCUUCAGAAGCUAUGCUCCAACAACAGGUCAAUGGUCUUGAAAAAGCCACCUUAGAGCAAAAGUCUUCCUUGGAGAGCCAAACACUUGUGAUAAACAAAUUAGAGGAAACAAAUUCCCAAACUUUUAAUGAACUCCAGCAAUUACGAGCUUCAGAAGCUGAACUGCAGACAGAGCUUGAGGCUGCAAAAACCAUGGUUCAAGAAAGUGAGCAUGCUGCUGUGCGAGCUAACAUGAAGACGGUAGAAUUGGAGGAGAGGCUCGAGCAGGCUGAAAAAGCCUACCAAGAGUUGACGGCUGAGGUUGAGUCCUUGCUUGCUCAAAAGGAGACUGUUGACAGCUCAAAGCACCUUCAAGAUGUGAUUGACGUUGCAGAGCGGGACAAGAGUUAUUAUCAGGAAGAAGUUCAGAGUUUGAGGGAGCAGUUGAAGGCUCAAGAAGCCAUUUCCAUAGAGUCGUCCGAAGCUCUUCUCCACGCUCAACAAACUCUUGCUCUGAAGUCAACAGAACACGAAGCCGAAAUUGAGUCUUUGCAGGCGCAAAUUUCAGCCAAGGAAGAACGCGUCUCUCAGCUGGAGGAGAAAAUUGCUGAGCUUUCAGACGAAUCGCAGAGAAGCUUGGCUCAACUGAACGAAACAAUGAUGGAAGCCCACCAUGCACAAGAAGCGCUCGUCAAAGCAGAAUCUUUUGCUUCCCAAGAGGAGAGCAGAGUGAGUCUGGCUGAGGAGAAAAUUCAUGCUUUGGAAAAUCAAAUUGGUGAACUGCAGAGUGCUUUGGCACAAUUGAAGCAGCUUCAGGAGCAUGAGUCCAUAGCUCGAAGUCACGCUCAGGAGGAAAUUUUGCAGCUCAGAGCUAAAUUGAAUGAAAGUGCCAUUCAACUCGAGAGUGCCGCUGGAAUCAUGUCGACGCUGGAAAACCUUAGAAGAGAGCAUGAAAAUCUGCAAAAGAAAUAUCAAGAUGAGACCACACAGCUAAAGUUAAAACUAGACCAAGCAGAAGACGAAGUCUCAGCUGCUUCCUCUCAAGUAGAGAAAAAUCACAAGGACCACCAAUUGGCCAUGGAGGGCUGGAAUAAUGAAAUGAAGUUUUUAAAAGAGCAUGUCAAUGGUCUCGAAGAAGCAAACAAUGAACUCCACGAGCAGAUAGAUAAUUUGAGUCUUGAAAAAGAACGCAUUGAAUCAGAACUUUGGAGUGCUCAGGAAGAGUUAGGAAACACAAAAGAUGCUUUGAUGAAAUCUCAAGAGGAUACUUUGAAUGAGUCUAAAGCUGAAACGGACUCUCUCAAUCAGAGGAUUCAUGAACUCGCAAAUCAACUUGUUGAGCUCCAAGGCCGAAUUUCAAACCAAAGUUUGGAAAUUGAAAACUACAGAAGCUCAAAUGCCACUCUAAAUGAAGAGCUUGCAAGUUAUCAGUUGGAAAAGUCUGCGUACAAUCAAGCAAUAGAUGAACUGAGAACAAAGCUGCAAACACUGGAGGGUAUAUUAAAAUCUUCGCAUGAUGAGAAAGAACAUUUGUCUAAAUACAAUGAGGACCUCCAGUCAAGACUUGUAUCUUUCCAAAAUCAGCAAAGCUCAAUGGAAGGCAUGAAUAACCACAUUGCUGAAGUAAACAAUGAGCUGGAGCGACUGAGAUGGGCUUUGGGAGAGAGGGACCAGACUUUGCAAAUGAUGGGCCAGCAAGUUUCAAAUUACGAGAGCCAAUGCAGAGAACUGAGUGCAAAUGUGAAAGAUUUGGAAGGUUCUCUGGCUGUGAGUAACCAGGGAAAAGAACAACUUGAAUUUCACUUGAAGGAGAGUCAGAACCUUAUUCUCAAAAUUCAAAGUGAUCAAGAGAAUAAAGAAGACCAGAUUCGUUUGAGACUUUCCGAAUUGGAGUCGAUCAAUGUAAACCUCCAGAAUUGUUUAGAGCAACAAAAGAAGGAUCAAGAGGAAGUGGAAAGUAGUUUGAAGGCCCAGGUCGAGAAACUUAUUGAGGAGCUAAAUGAAGCUCAGUCGAACAAGUCUGCUGUUGUUCCAGAUGAAAUAUCCUGGGGAGAUGACCCGUGGAAAGAAUCUGCGCACCACCAGGCUCCAAUGGACAAUUCUAACAACGUCCUUGUAGUUGAGCUGCAAAAGCAAUUGCAAGAGGCAGAAACAGCACAAGCAAAAUUGGCUGAGGAGCUGAAAGCUUCGCAAGUUCGGUGCGGCAAAGCACUGAAGCAGCUCAAAAUGGUAAGGGAGCAGAAAAAGCCUGCAUCCGACUUGGACAAAGUGAUGGAGGACGAACUUCAGUCAAGAAUUUUGUCUUUGCAAAAGGAGUUAUCUGAGGUUCAAGCAGAGCGCACAUCUCUAGUUGCCAAAACUGAAACGUUGAAGGAUGCAAAUGAUAGAUUGACAGAGUCCAAAAAGCUGCAGUUACUUGAAAUUGAGCGACUUAAAGUAGAAAGACUGGCUCUGGAGCAAGAAGCGGCCGACUGGAGUCAAGAUGACAGGGUUGAGACUCUUGAAAGACAGCUCCAAGAAGUUUACAUGAGGUGCAAAGAAUUGGAGGAGCACAUUGCUGGUGACGAAGAGUCCGAAGCAGAAUCAAUAAUUUUGCAAGAAAACCUGGUCAAAUCAAGAGAAAAGUGUUCAGAGCUUGAAAGGCUGAGGAAACAAGACGAGGAGAGAUUGGCCCUUUUGGAGGAACAAUUGAAGAAGGCUAGUGAAAAUUAUGAAAGCUUAAGAAGAAGCAGUAAAGAGGAGGUUCCUGAGCACAGCACUCCAGUAGAAAUGGCUCCAGUCUCUGCAUUACCUGUUAAGGUGGAAAUUGCUACAAUGACUGAAGAGAUUAACCUUACAGAAAAGUCAGUCGAUACAGAGGAACAUGUUGAGGUCCCACAAUCAGCCUUGCCAAGAGACGAGACGGAAAAUAUUUCAGAAUCAGUUCCUCGUAUUUCCAAUGAUGUAGAGAAGAUGAAGUCUGAAUUGUUGAUGCAACAACAAGAACGAGAUGCUCUUUCUGCUCUGGUGGCGCAACUGCGAGGAGCUCUUGAGGCCAAGUCUCAAGAAUUGGCUCUCAGAGGUACCGAUGCUAACCUCAAAGCAGAACUGGAUUCUGCUCUUUACUUUUUACACCAGCGAGAUGUUCGGUGUGACGAACUUACUUUGGAGCUAAUGGCCUUAAUGGAGGAACGAGAUGCUCUCCAGAUGAGACUGUCAAGUGCCCUCAGAGUCAAUGCUAACCAAGCGGAAAAGUUGAAGGAGGUUGGUGGGCAACCUGAGGAAUUGCAGCUUAAACUACACGAGCUACAUUCCGUCGGCCACAAACGAGAUGUUACAUUGAGAGGCGAGCAAGAAAUGAGACAUUCUGAGCAGCAAGCUGCAUUGCUGCCUAGCCCAAAUCUUCAUUACACUCCGCAACAAAGAGUUCUGCAAUUGGAAGAUCCACAACAGCAGCAAGGAUCGUCUGGCUUGCUUGGGUGGCUGUGGGGUUACUAGCUACCCUCUAAUUUUUAUAAAUACGCAACAGUUUUGAUUGCUUCUACCAAAAUGAAAAUAUAAUCACGUCACUGUUAUCAUGGCUUUUCAAAUUCAGAAUAUU